CCGAUCUAGUAAACGAUUCAUUAAAUCGAAAACGAGCAAGUUGUAGAAAUGGCCCUAAACACAUCGUCAUGGUUGAAUCAAUGCUUCGUGGAGAAGAUUCUGCGAAAAUCGGAAAGCGAUGAUUCGAUUCAAGUGAUCGAUGUAUUUUCGAAUCGGGGCUCGAACAAGGGUGACAACUAUAUUUGCGAUAUUGUCAGGAUUACUGCUGAAUUUUCGCGUGAACAAGAAGGCCGUAAGAUUGUAGAAAAGAAAUCAAUCAUCCUUAAAGUUUCGCCUACAUCCGAAAGUGUUCGAUACAAAUGGCUCACAAAAGCAGCUUUCUUUCGUACCGAGGUAUCAAUGAUGUUAAAUACUUUGGAUAAAAUGAAUAAUUUAUUAGGUCCAAAGUACCGUUUAAGUGGGAGAGGUUUAUACGUGCAAAAUGAAAAUCCAAUGCUUCUGGCGAUCGAAGAUCUGAUGCCUCUCGGCUUUCGCAUGACCGAUCUGUCUGGUCUUGACUUAGCUCAUUCCAUAUUGGUGCUUCGCGGAUUAGCCAGGUUUCAUGCAGCCUCUGUAAUCGUAUGUGAAAAAGAACCAAAGCAAAAGGAGAUGUAUACCAGAGGAUUAUUUAACAACCAGAAUCCAUCAGAAUCGAAGGAUUUUUUUAAUAGGGGUACUAAAGCUUUAUCAGAGGAGGUUGUAAACUGGCCAGAAGUAAAAAAAUAUUCGGAAAAGAUUGCUAAACUCUCCGAUCACAUGUAUCAAAUAGCAAUAGAUGCAACCAAACUCUCUGAGAAUGAAUUUAAUGUUAUUAAUCACGGCGAUCCUCAGAUGAAAAAUAUGUUGUUUAAAUAUGACAAUGAUGGUAAUCCUACUGAUCAGAUUUUUGUGGACUUCCAGACCUGCGUCUACACAUCACCGGCGUUUGAUUUUUUAUAUUUUCUCAAUUCAAGUCUUUCGUUUGAUGCCAUUGAAAACAAGAAAGACGUUUUAUUAAACGAAUACUAUAGCAUUUUGUUGAUGACUAUGAAGCAACUGAACUGCAAGACGCAGCCGCCCACAAUGGAGGAACUGAAGGAUGCCAUAAAGCGUAGGGCUAGCUUAGAAAUGGUGUCAUCCUUCGUCGUUUUACCGUUAAUGCUGUGCCCUAAGACUGAAGCGAAAGAUUUUGACGAGAUGAUGGGCACUGAUAUUUGGAUUAGUCCAGGCUUAAAGAGCGAAGAUUUUAAAAAAUUAAUAAUAAAGAGAAUUCCACUGUAUGAUGAGUGGGGUUUACUGGAUCUCUAAUGCAUACUUAAUUUUUAAUAAUCAGAAAUAAAAAUGAAUUUAAAAAAUAAUAGACAUAUAAUCAUAACAAAUACAAUAAAAUUAGUUAACAAUAUUAGUGCAAUAAUCAUGUUUCUUUUUUAAGGAGGAGACAUUGUGGCUACUAUUUAGAAAUUACUAUUAUAAUAUUAGCUUAGUUAAAAAAAUAAAAAAUUAUUCUUUUGUAAAA